AUGUUCACCAACAUUAUUGCUACUGGACAGUAUGCAUGGGCACCAUCGGCUGGAAUCCAUCAUGAUGAUAAUGUUGGUGUUGCUGAGGAUCCAAAUGUCAAUGAUGAACAACCUGAUUUGGAAGAAGGAAGCGGUGAUUCAGAAGAGGAUAGAAUUCUAAAUUUCACCGAUGAUGUGUGCAACAUGGUUAGAUGGGUUAAUAUGUCAAGAGUAGCAACACACGCAACAAUGAAAAUAGAAAAGAAAGACAACGUCUUGACGUUCAAUCAGGGAAAAAAAAGUUCUGGAAUUGGGAUGCAGCUACUAUCACGGUUUGAUAACAUGGUUGACAAUAUGUCAAAUAAUAGUGAUUCCACAUCUAUAUAUAAAGAUAAGAAAGGGUGUAGUAUUUUUGAGGUUAUGAUUGAGCUGCACUCAAUAGAAGGAGUUCAUAUUGGUGAUGAUUUUCAUUCGUUUGUUACUGAGUUCUAG